GAGUUAUCAGAAUCGGCCGCGUAAAUUGACACGAUGCUAGCUGAUAGGAUUAUUAAAAAGUUCUAAUAGUUCUUUCAUUUCAUCAGAUAUUAGGUCCUUGAGACGGAAUUUGAAGUCCUUGAGAGGAAGAGUCCCAUGUGAACCUCAUGAAAGACGUCUUUUCCUAUGAAAAUAGCUAGUUUAUGAGAGGAAAAAAUGUUCUCGGUUUGCAAGCGUGGCCAUGCAACUUGAUUGAAUCAAGCCUAUCAAGCCUAUCAAGCAACUCUGUUUCUCUGGCGCGCUCUCUCUCUAUGCGCAGCUGCACCACCCUCCUCCAACAAGCAGGUAAGCAACUCCAACUCCUCCACACCGACCCUCGUGCUCUCGCUCUCUCCGUCGCGUCGGCGCUCGACUGCCAACUCCCGUCCCUCGGCCAGGCUGCUCACGCCACCAUCCUCAAAUGCGGGCACCAUUCUCUCUUCUUUCUCGCCACCCACCUCAUCAACCUGUACUCCAAAUCCGACCUCCAGGACGAUGCUCGAGCUGUUCUUGGCCUCAUGCCCCAACGAGACGUCGUUCCCUGGACUGCCCUUAUUGCUGGCAGUGUCCAAAACGGCCGUUUCGCUGCCGCCCUUGAGCAUUUCCGGGAGAUGCAGGCUGACGGGGUCCUGCCCAACGAUUUCACUUUGCCAUGUCUGAUCAAGGCUUCUAGCAGCCUCGGAUCGACGAUCACCGGAAAGCAGCUCCACGGCUACUCGAUCAAGAUUGGAUUGGACACCGACGUCUUCGUAAGCUGCAGUAUCUACGAUCUGUAUGCGAAGUGCGGCUGCUUAGCGGAUGCCUGCCAGUUGUUCGACGAAAUACCCCAUAAGAGCGUUGUGUCGUGGAAUGCUUUGAUUUCAGGUUCUGUGGUUAAUGGUCGGCAGGAGGAUGCGAUGUGGGCAUUUCGGGAGAUCAGGAGGGUGGGCGAGUAUCCGAAUUCGAUUACAUUUUGUGGCUUUCUCAAUGCCUGUUCGGAUGCAUCUGCCCCAAUGCAGGGGAUGCAAGCCCAUGGCUACGCUGUGAAGGUUGGGUUCGACAGCGAUGUAUCGGUUGCUAAUGGGCUGGUGGAUUUCUACGGGAAGUGUCAGUUGGUCGGUGCAGCAGCUAAAGUAUUUGAUUCGAUUAAAGAAGCAAACGUUGUUUCAUGGAGUUCGAUGGUGGCAUCUUGUGCACAGAAUGGCUGUGAAGAAGAGGCCUUGAGACUGUUCUGCCGUGCUCGGAGGGAAGGAGUAAGGCCGACAGAGUUUAUGGUUUCCAGCAUAUUGAGUGGAUGUGCAAGGUUAGCUGGCCUGAGGGAAGGAAGGUGGAUGCACUGCCUUGUUUUCAAAUCUGGUUUGGAUGAAAAUGUGUAUGUAGGCAGUGCACUUGUAGACAUGUAUGGAAAAAGUGGCAGCAUAUGGGACGCUGAUCAGGUGUUCUACGAGAUGCCAGAGAGGAACCUCAUUACUUGGAACGCCAUGAUCUCUGGUUACUCUCAGCAUGGGUAUGUGAAUGAAGCACUAAGCACGUUUGAAGCAAUGCAGGAAGAGGGUGUUGCACCCAACUACAUUACUCUUGUGUGUGUUCUCUCUGCUUGCAGUCAUGGUGGUUUGGUGGAUACUGGAUUGUCAUUUUUCAAUUCCAUGUAUGAGAAAUAUGGAAUCAGAGCGAGAGCAGAGCAUUAUGCCUGCGUUGUUGAUCUCCUAGGCAGAGCAGGACAUCUUGAACGAGCUCACAAUGUGAUCAAGACAAUGUCAAUUGCACCGACUGCUUCUGUCUGGGGAGCCCUUCUAGGUGGUUGCCGAGUUCAUGGGGAUGUUACCUUGGGAGCUGAAGCCGCAGCUCAGCUGUUUGCUCUGGACCGCCAUGACCCUGGAAACCAUGUUCUCCUGUACAAUAUGUAUGCUGCAAGUGGUAGGUGGGAGGAGGCGACAGUGGUAAGGGAAGAGAUGAAAAAUGAUGGAAUAAGAAAGGGACCAGGCUGCAGCUGGAUCAGUGUCAAGGACGGUGUGCAUGUUUUCCAUGUGAAGGACCGGUCUCAUCCCCGCACAGCCGAGAUCUAUGCAAUGUUGACGAAAUUGAGGGAACAGAUGAGAGCUGCAGGCUAUGUUCCCGAUACCAAGUUCGUGUUGUUUGAUCUGGAGGAGGAAGAGAAGGAAAGCCAACUCUGGUAUCACAGUGAGAAGCUGGCCCUCGCGUUCGGAAUGAUCAGUACAGAACAAGGGAUCCCAAUUCGAAUCACAAAAAACCUUCGUGUCUGCGGCGAUUGUCAUAGCGUAUUCAAAUUCGUUUCAGGAAUUUUACAGAGAGAAAUCAUCCUGAGGGACAAUAAUAGGUUUCACCACUUCAGCGAAGGACGUUGUUCUUGCAGGGAUUACUGGUAAACCGAAACUUCAAGUUAACUGUCAAGACAAAACAAGGAUGCAGACGAUGUUCUUUGAGUCUAUAGCCUGGCAGUAGCCCCUUGCAUCGGCCGGUCGAAAUGGGAAGUGCUCCUUACGAUAGCAUGACCAUUAAGCGACCGUUGAUAACUGAAUUUUUUGACUGCUGACAAACGGUCCUCCAAAGAAAAAACUUUUAAAUUCCAAAAGUCUCACAGGAGAGUUCUCACAUGGUGAUCUCUAUCCAAAUGAAAUGGUUAUAAUAGCCACGAGGGCUACUCUUGCUUCA